GGGACUGGAAGAGGGGCUCCGGCACCCCAUGCACCCUACAUCCCACCAGCAGGGAAGCCUCUCCUGAAGGUCCCAGUCGUCUUGGGAGCCCUCUGUGGUGACCUGACUUGGGCCUGGAGGUGGGGAGGGGAGGACGUCAUCUGGCUCCCCUUGGGGAUGCACAGUUGCUCCCCCCCUCCCCAUACACACAAGAGAGGUGGGCUGGAAGGGAGGCGGGCAGGGAGCUGCCAAGCCACUGAAGAUCCUGGCUCAGGGCACCGCCUCCCGCUGGUCCUGAGAGCCCCGUGAUGGCCCCACAUCCCCACUCUCCCCGAAGUAGCGCGGUCGCGAUCCCCUCCCCCCAACACUUUUGCGCUCCGCUCCGCCCCGCUGGAGGAGCUGGGUUAAGGCGGGCGGGGCUGGUGGGGGGGGGGGCAGGCCCGCGGCGGCUGUGCGGGCUGCGCGGGUCCUAGCGGAGCCGCAUGGACGCUGCGCGGGGGGCGCCCAGCACCGGCUCCUGCGCUCUGCGCACGCGGAGCCCAACGACCCCGGCCCACUCUGCCUGCGCGGGAAGCGGAGGGAGGAAGUGCUGGGGCCAUGGAGGAGCCCAGGCCCCCCCGCGGGCUCAGCCGGGAUCUAGUGGAGCGAUGCAUGAGCAGCAUGCAGGCGGGGACUCAGAUGGUGAAGCUGCGAGGCAGCUCCAAGGGCCUGGUCCGCUUCUACUUCCUGGAUGAGCACCGCUCCUGCGUCCGCUGGCGGCCCUCCCGCAAGAACGAGAAGGCCAAGAUCUCCAUCGACUCCAUCCAGGAGGUGAGCGAGGGGCGGCAGUCAGAGGUCUUCCAGCGAUAUCCCAACAGCAGCUUCGAUCCCAACUGCUGCUUCAGCAUCUACCAUGGAAGCCACCGUGAGUCCCUGGACCUUGUGUCCACCAGUGGGGACGAGGCACGCACCUGGGUCACUGGCCUACGCUACCUCAUGGCAGGCAUCAGCGAUGAGGAUAGCCUGGCACGGCGCCAGCGCACGCGGGACCAAUAUCCUUGGGCGCAGCAGGACCACUCCUCAUGGGCUGGGCGUGGGAGGUCAGGCUGCCAUGUGGUGUUGGCCCCUAACUCAGUGCCAAAGUGGCUGAAGCAGACGUUCGAUGAGGCUGACAAAAACGGGGACGGCAACCUGAGCAUGGGUGAAGUGCAGCAGCUGCUGCACAAGCUGAACGUGAACCUGCCGCGCCAGAGAGUGAAGCAGAUGUUCAAGGAGGCAGACACUGACGAGAACCAGGGCACAUUGGGCUUCGAGGAGUUCUGCGCCUUUUACAAGAUGAUGUCCACACGCCGUGAUCUGUACCUGCUCAUGCUCACCUACAGUGACCACAAGGACCACCUAGAUGCCAGCGACCUGCAACACUUCCUGGAGGUGGAGCAGAAGAUGAGUGGUGUGACGUUGAAGGACUGCGAGAACAUUAUCCAGCAGUUUGAGCCAUGCCCUGAGAACAAGGAGAAGGGAGUGCUGGGCAUCGAUGGCUUCACCAACUACACACGCAGCCCUGCGGGUGACAUCUUCAACCCCGAACACCAUGGUGUGCACCAGGACAUGUCACGGCCAUUGAGCGACUACUUCAUCACCUCCUCCCACAACACCUACCUGGCAGGCGACCAGCUCAUGUCGCAGUCUCGUGCUGACAUGUAUGCCCGUGUGCUGCAGGCCGGCUGCCGCUGUGUGGAGGUGGAUUGCUGGGAUGGCCCUGACGGGGAGCCCAUUGUGCACCAUGGCUACACGCUGACAUCCAAGAUCCUCUUCAGAGAUGUGGUUGAGACCAUCAACAAAUACGCCUUCAUCAAGAAUGAGUACCCAGUGAUCCUCUCCAUUGAGAACCACUGCAGCAUUUUCCAGCAGAAGAAGAUGGCCCAGUACCUCACCAGCAUCCUCAGAGACAAGCUGGACCUGUCAGCAGUGAGCGGGGAUGAUGCUACUGAGCUGCCCUCACCACAGAUGCUCCUGGGCAAGGUCCUGGUGAAAGGCAAGAAGCUUCCGGCCAGCAUCAGUGAGGAUGCCGAAGAGGGUGAUGUGUCGGAUGAGGACAGUGCGGAUGAGAUCGAUGAGGACUGCAAACUGCUCAAUGGAGAUGCCUCCACCAACAGGAAACGUGUGGAAAACAUGGCAAAGAAGAGGCUAGACUCCCUCAUCAAGGAGUCCAAGAUACGAGACUGCGAGGACCCCAAUGACUUUGCCGUGUCCUCACUCAGCUCAUGCGGAAAUCUUGGACACAAGGCUGACAGCAAGACUGAGGAGGAGUCAGAGAGUGGGGAGGAACAUGGAGCCAGCAGACGAAGCACCCGGCUGCUCUCAGGCAGCUUUUCCAAGCUCAAGAAAAAGAGCAGCAAGCUAAGCAAGGUGGCAAGUGUGGAGGAAUCUGAAGAAGACCUGGACUCACUGGGAAGUCAAGGGGCUGCCCGGCAGAAGAAGACUAUGAAGCUGUCUCGGGCAUUGUCAGACCUAGUGAAGUACACCAAAUCUGUGGGCAUCCAUGAUGUGGAGUCAGAGGUGACCUCUAGCUGGCAGGUGUCGUCCUUCAGUGAGACCAAAGCCCAGCAGAUCCUGCAGCAGAAGCCGGAGCAGUAUCUGCGCUUCAACCAGCACCAACUGUCCCGCAUCUACCCCUCCUCCUACCGUGUGGACUCCAGCAACUUCAACCCGCAGCCCUUCUGGAACGCUGGCUGCCACAUGGUGGCCCUGAACUACCAGUCGGAGGGCCGCAUGAUGCAGCUGAAUCGGGCCAAGUUCGGCGCCAAUGGUGACUGUGGCUAUGUGCUCAAGCCCCCCUGCAUGUGCCAGGGUGCCUUCAACCCCAACUCGGAGGACCCCCUGCCUGGGCAGCUUAAGAAGCAACUAGUCCUGCGAAUCAUCAGCGGGCAGCAGCUCCCCAAACCACAGGACUCCAUGCUGGGCGACCGUGGGGAGAUCAUCGACCCUUUUGUGGAGGUAGAGAUCAUCGGCUUGCCAGUGGAUUGCAACAAGGAACAGACCCGAGUGGUGGAUGAUAAUGGCUUCAACCCCAUGUGGGAGGAGACACUGGUGUUCACCGUGCACAUGCCUGAGAUCGCCUUGGUGCGCUUUCUUGUCUGGGAUCACGACCCCAUUGGGCGCGACUUCAUCGGUCAGAGGACACUAGCCUUCAGCAGCAUGAUGCCAGGCUAUCGGCACGUGUACUUGGAAGGGAUGGAACAGGCCUCCAUCUUUGUCCACGUGGCUGUCAGCGACAUCAGUGGUAAGGUCAAGCAGGCUCUGGGCCUAAAAGGCCUGUUUCUCCGAGGCCCAAAGCCCGGCUCUCUGGACAGUCAUGCUGCUGGGCGGCCCCCACCCCGGCCUUCUGUUAGCCAGCAGCUGCUGCGUCGAACUGCCAGUGCCCCCACCAAAAGCCAGAAGCCGGGCCAUAAGGCCUUCCCGGGGCUAGUCCUGGAUGGGCAGGACACUGCCCCCCAGGGGGAGGUCCUCGUUGUGGCCACCCCCAGCUACAGUCCCACCCCGGAGGUCCCUGCCCGGGAGGAGCCUGGUGGUGGCAGCAGCAGCCCUCGAGACAGCCACCCCUUCUCCAAGCAGAGAUCCGUCUCCUCCUUGUGCAGCCUGGAGACCAUUGCCGAGGAGCCAGCCCCUGGUGCAGGCCCCUCCGUCCUGGGGGCUGUCCCCCACAGUCCCCAUCAGGAAGGGCCCCAGUACUUCGUGGGACCUGGCACCAAAGCCACAAGCUCCCUCGGAGCUGCUCUGGGGGCUUUCAAGCCUCUCCAUCCUGGGCAUAGGAGCCAAGGGGAUGCAGAGCUCACCCCAGAGAGCAGGCAGAAGAUGUGCAAGAAUGGGGGCCCUGGGGGCCUGUGUGAAGGAUCCCAUAGCCAGCCAGCCAGCAGGGGCCACCCCUGGGCCCUGGGCCCUGGGCCCACUGUCAGAAGAGCCCAGAGUGAGGGGCAAGUGCCCUGGGAGCUCCAGGGCCGGUGGCGCCCCCUGGCUGGGCCAAUCCCUGCCAUGUGCUCGGACAUAACAAAAUCUGAUCGGUUCUGGCAGCGGCUGGAAUCUGGCAGCCACCAGGACAGUGUGUGCUCAUCCUCCAGCAUGUCUUCCAGCGACACUAUCAUUGACCUCUUCUUGCCAGGCCUAAAGGGGGGGCCCACCACACGCCUGCCCCUGCAGGCCCACCCGACCUCCUCGGCCCCCCAGGACCUGCCUGCUGUCACCAAGAGCAAAUCCAACCCCAACCUUGAGAGUCUGGGGGCCCAGGCCACAAGGCCACACUGGGGGCACCUCCCCCAGGCAAGGCUCUGGGACUGCUCCGUGGUGGCCAAGUCUAAGAGCCUGGGGGACCUGACUGCAGAUGACUUUGCACCCCAGGGAGAGGGGCUGGGGCACAGCCUGGGACACCCUGGUGGGGUGGGGAUGGUGGGCAGGGGCCCCCCGAGGGAUACUUUGACAGAGCAGCUGCGCUGGCUCACUGGCUACCAGCAAGAAGGAGACAUCACAUCACCCACCAGGCUAGGCCCCAUGGGGGAUGGUGUGCCAGGGGUUGCAGGCUUCCUGCGCCGUUCUUCCUCACGUAGCCAGAGCCGAGUGCGUGCAAUCGCCAGCAGGGCCCGGCAGGCCCUGGAGCGGCAGCAGCGGCUGCGGGCUACGCAGGGGGUCCCUGAGGAGGAGCGGGGCACCCCUGAGGGCGCCUGCUGUGUAGGUCAGGAGGGCUAUGGGGAUGUGCCCACCCAGGCCAUCACCAGCCUCCUGCUCAGGCUUUGAGUGCCCAGAGCCCCAUGUGGCAGCUCAGGAUGUGGGGGUGCUGGCAUCCAGUGGGCCCUGCUCAGGCAUGGCUAUUGCCCAGAAGCAGGAAGCAGACACCACCCUAGAGCGUGUGCUUGCAGACCUUCAUGUGGCCACAUGGAACAGCCCCUCCCCGAUGCCCAACUUCUGCAUAAAACCUGCUCUGUACCCUCAAUAAACACAUUCACAUUCUCUG